AUGCAACCACCACCUCCUCCCCCAGGCUGGGGAAAUCCUCCUCCUCCUCCCCCUCCUCCUCAACCUCAAGCGCCUCCUCCUCCUCAAACGCCUGCUCCUCCACCUCCUCCGCCUUCUUCUUUACCAUCAACGGCGACACCGGCAUUUCAUACUGCGAAGUUUGCGCAAAAGAAGAAAGAAUGGGUCAAAUCACAGCGCAAUCGCUUUGGCGAGAAGCGCAAGGGUGGAUUUGUACAGACACAGAAAGCCGAUAUGCCGCCUGAACAUCUACGGAAGAUCGUAAAGGAUAUUUGUGAUGUUUCGCAAAAGAAGUAUACAAACGACAAGCGCAGUUAUCUUGGAGCCCUUAAGUUUAUGCCACAUGCGGUCCUUAAACUUCUCGAAAAUAUGCCUAUGCCAUGGGAGUCGGCUCGCGAGGUCAAGGUGCUUUACCAUGUCAACGGUUGUUUGACUCUAGUCAACGAAAUCCCCCGAGUAAUCGAGCCAGUCUUUUUUGCGCAAUGGGCGAUGAUGUGGACAUUCAUGCGAAAGGAGAAGGCCGACAGACGACUAUUCAAGCGCAUGCGAUUUCCACCUUUCGAUGAUGAAGAGCCCCCCCUGUCGUGGGCUGAGAACCUGGAGGAUGUUGAGCCUCUCGAGCCGAUUCAGAUGGAACUCGACGAAGAGGAUGAUGAAGCCGUGUACGAAUGGUUCUACGAUCAUAGACCUCUCCUCGAUACACCACAUGUCAACGGACCAAGUUAUAAGUCUUGGAACCUGACGCUCCCUCAGAUGGCGACUCUAUUCCGUUUGAGUCGACCUCUUGUCUCUGAUGUUGUUGACAAGAAUUAUUUCUAUCUUUUCGACCUCAAAAGUUUGCUAUCGGCCAAGGCCCUCAAUGUCGCCCUUCCAGGUGGACCUCGCUUUGAGCCUUUAUACAAGGAUAUCGACCCCAACGACGAGGAUUUCGGCGAGUUCAAUGCUAUCGAUCGCAUUAUUUUCCGAAACCCCAUCCGAACCGAGUUCCGAGUUGCGUACCCUUACCUUUAUAAUUCGUUGCCGAGAAGUGUUCACCUAUCUUGGCACUCUCAUCCUCAAGUUGUCUUCAACCGAGCAGACGAUCCUGAUUUGCCGACGUUCCAUUUCGACCGCCGCAUCAACCCUAUAUCUUCGCGAACCGUUGCGCCAAAGAAUGUUGAAGUUUCUCACGAGGACGAAAUUUUCGGUGUCGGUAACAUGGAGGAGCCCGAAGAGGAUGCUUUCGAGCUUCCUGCUGGAGUUGAGCCAUUCCUUGCCGACGAGGAUAUUGAGAACGACGAUACAUCAUCCGCCGUUGAUCUCUGGUGGGCGCCAUAUCCCUUUGACCGGCGAUCCGGACGUAUGGUUCGAGCACAAGACGUGCCGCUUGUAAAACAGUGGUACCUUGAGCACCCUCCAUCCGACCGACCUCCUGUCAAGGUUCGAGUUUCGUAUCAAAAGCUUCUUAAGAACUUCGUUCUCAACGAUCUUCACAAGAAGAAACCCAAGGCACAGAACAAGCAGAACUUGAUGCGAUCUCUCAAACAGACCAAGUUCUUCCAGCAGACUACCAUCGAUUGGGUUGAGGCUGGUCUGCAGGUUUGUCGCCAGGGUUUCAAUAUGCUUAACCUCCUUAUUCACCGCAAGAACUUGACUUACCUUCACCUGGAUUACAACUUUAAUUUGAAGCCCGUCAAGACCUUGACUACAAAGGAGCGCAAGAAGUCCCGUUUCGGAAAUGCUUUCCACUUGAUGCGAGAGAUUUUGAGAUUGACCAAGCUCAUUGUUGAUGCUCAGGUGCAGUACAGAUUGGGUAACAUCGAUGCCUUCCAGUUGGCAGACGGUAUUUUGUACGCCUUCAACCACGUCGGUCAGCUUACGGGUAUGUACCGAUACAAGUACAAGUUGAUGCAUCAGAUUCGAACUUGCAAGGAUCUGAAGCAUCUCAUUUACUAUCGUUUUAACUCUGGCCCUGUCGGCAAGGGCCCAGGCUGCGGUUUCUGGGCUCCCGCUUGGAGGGUUUGGCUCUUUUUCAUGCGAGGCAUUAUUCCUUUGCUUGAGAGAUGGCUUGGAAACCUUCUGUCUCGUCAGUUCGAAGGUAGACACAGCAAGGGAGUUGCAAAGACCGUUACCAAACAGCGUGUCGAGUCUCACUUUGAUCUGGAACUUCGAGCUUCUGUUAUGGCUGAUCUUAUGGAUAUGAUGCCCGAGGGCAUCAAACAGAACAAAGUCAACACUGUUCUUCAGCAUCUGUCUGAGGCAUGGAGAUGCUGGAAGAGUAACAUUCCCUGGAAGGUUCCUGGCUUGCCUGCACCUAUAGAGAACAUUAUUCUUCGAUAUGUCAAGUCCAAGGCGGAUUGGUGGGUUUCGGUCGCUCAUUACAACCGUGAGCGUAUUCGACGAGGAGCCACUGUCGAUAAGACCAUUGCGAAGAAGAAUGUUGGCCGUCUGACACGACUUUGGCUCAAGGCCGAGCAGGAGCGUCAGCACAACCACAUGAAGGAUGGUCCUUAUGUCUCCUCUGAGGAAGCUGUUGCCAUCUAUACUACUACCGUACACUGGCUCGAGUCCCGCAAGUUCUCACCUAUUCCCUUCCCUAGCGUUUCUUAUAAGCACGACACCAAAAUCCUCAUCCUCGCCCUUGAGCGUCUUCGGGAGGCUUAUUCAGUUAAGGGACGCCUCAACCAAAGUCAACGAGAAGAGCUGGGUCUGAUUGAGCAGGCAUAUGAUAGUCCUGGCACCGCAUUGGAGAGUAUCAAGCGCGCCCUUCUCACCCAGCGAGCUUUCAAGGAAGUCAAGAUUGAUAUGAACGACAACUACAGCACGAUCAACCCUGUUUAUGACAUUGAACCCAUCGAGAAAAUCACUGAUGCUUACCUUGACCAGUACCUCUGGUACCAAGCAGAUCAGCGACAUCUCUUCCCUGCCUGGAUCAAACCUUCGGAUUCUGAAGUCCCACCCCUUCUCGUCUACAAGUGGGCUCAAGGUAUCAACAACCUUGAUGGUGUCUGGCAGACUGAGAACGGCGAGUGCAACGUCAUGAUUGAGACAGAGCUAUCCAAGGUGUACGAGAAGAUGGAGCUCACACUUCUCAAUUCUCUCCUGAGACUGAUUAUGGACCACAACCUGGCGGAUUACAUCACAGCCAAGAACAACGUUCAGCUUACCUACAAGGACAUGAACCAUGUCAACAGUUAUGGUAUGAUUCGUGGCCUUCAGUUCUCUGCAUUCGUGUUCCAAUUUUAUGGUCUUGUGUUGGAUCUUCUCCUGCUUGGACCUCAGCGAGCCAGUGAGAUUGCCGGUCCGCCUCAGAGCCCCAACGACUUCUUGCAGUUCCGCGACCGUGAGACUGAGUCGAGCCAUCCUAUUCGACUCUACACCCGUUACGUUGAUAAAAUCUGGAUCAUGCUUCGAUUCACUGCUGAGGAAUCUAGAGAUCUCAUCCAACGAUUCCUCACGGAGCAACCUGACCCCAACUUUGAGAAUGUCAUCGGGUACAAGAGCAAAAAAUGCUGGCCUAGAGAUUCUCGUAUGCGCUUGAUGCGUCACGAUGUUAACCUCGGACGAGCUGUCUUCUGGGACUUGAAGAACCGUCUUCCUCGAUCUGUGACAACGAUCGAUUGGGACGACAGCUUUGUUAGUGUCUACAGUCGCGACAACCCCAACUUGCUGUUUUCCAUGUGUGGUUUCGAGGUCCGCAUUCUCCCCAAGAUCCGAAACCAGAACGAGGAGUUCCCGGUCAAGGACAGCGUUUGGUCCCUUGUGGACAACACUACUAAAGAAAGGACAGCCCACGCUUUCCUGCAAGUUACUGAGGAGGAUAUUCAAAAGUUUAACAAUCGCAUUCGACAAAUUCUUAUGUCAUCAGGUUCUACCACGUUCACAAAGAUUGCGAACAAAUGGAACACUGCGUUGAUUGCUCUCUUCACCUACUACCGUGAAGCGGCUGUUUCCACAGUCGACUUGCUUGACACUAUUGUCAAAUGCGAGACCAAGAUUCAAACUCGAGUCAAGAUUGGUUUGAACUCCAAGAUGCCUUCUCGUUUCCCUCCUGCUGUCUUCUACACACCCAAAGAACUUGGUGGUCUUGGUAUGAUUUCGGGCUCUCAUAUUUUGAUCCCUGCCAGUGACAAGCGCUGGUCAAAGCAAACCGACACUGGUGUCACUCAUUACAGGGCAGGAAUGACCCACGAUGAGGAGACCCUCAUUCCGAACAUUUUCCGAUACAUCAUCCCUUGGGAGGCCGAGUUCAUUGAUUCCCAACGCGUCUGGACAGAAUAUUCCCAGAAGAGAUUAGAAGCUAACCAACAGAAUCGUCGUCUUACUCUUGAGGAUCUCGAAGAUAGCUGGGACCGCGGUCUUCCCCGAAUCAACACGUUGUUCCAAAAGGACCGAAGCACCCUGAGCUUCGACAAGGGUUUCCGAGCACGAGCUGAAUUCAAGAUUUAUCAAUUAAUGAAAAACAAUCCUUUCUGGUGGACUAGUCAACGUCAUGACGGAAAAUUGUGGAACCUGAACGCGUACCGAACCGAUGUUAUCCAGGCGUUGGGUGGUGUUGAGACCAUUCUUGAACACACCCUUUUCAAAGCAACAGGAUUUCCAUCAUGGGAAGGCCUAUUUUGGGAGCGCGCUAGUGGUUUUGAAGAAAGCAUGAAAUUCAAGAAGUUGACCAACGCUCAACGUUCGGGUCUGAACCAAAUUCCCAACCGCCGCUUCACUCUCUGGUGGUCACCUACCAUUAACAGAGCCAAUGUAUAUGUCGGUUUCCAAGUCCAGCUUGAUUUGACUGGUAUCUUCUUGCACGGAAAAAUUCCCACUCUGAAGAUCUCUUUGAUCCAGAUCUUCCGCGCCCAUUUGUGGCAAAAGAUCCACGAGUCAGUUGUUAUGGAUCUUUGCCAGGUGUUCGACCAGGAAUUGGAAUCUCUGGGCAUUGAGACUGUUCAGAAGGAGACAAUUCACCCUCGAAAGUCUUACAAAAUGAACAGUUCUUGUGCCGAUAUUCUCCUAUUCUCCAACCACAAGUGGAACGUUACCCGACCUUCUCUGCUCUACGACACCAAGGACGUGAUUGAGCAAACAACUACUAAUAAAUUCUGGGUUGAUGUCCAGCUCCGAUAUGGCGAUUACGACUCUCAUGACAUUGAACGAUAUACGCGAGCCAAGUACCUUGAUUACACCACGGACAGUGCCAGUAUUUACCCUUCGGCUACUGGUCUUAUGGUCGGCAUCGAUCUUGCCUACAACCUUUACUCCGCUUACGGCAUGUACUUCCCUGGUCUCAAGGUACUUGUUCAGCAGGCAAUGGCCAAGAUCAUGAAGGCCAACCCUGCUCUGUAUGUCCUUCGCGAGCGUAUUCGAAAGGGUCUACAGCUUUAUGCUUCUGAGAGCAACCAAGAGUUCUUGAACUCCCAGAACUACUCAGAACUAUUUAGCAAUCAGACGCAGCUAUUUAUCGAUGAUACCAACGUCUAUCGUGUCACGAUUCACAAGACAUUUGAGGGUAACUUGACAACCAAGCCCAUCAAUGGUGCUAUCUUUAUCUUCAACCCGCGAACUGGCCAGCUGUUCCUCAAGAUCAUCCAUACCAGUGUUUGGGCUGGACAGAAGCGUCUUGGUCAACUUGCCAAGUGGAAGACUGCCGAGGAAGUCGCUGCCCUCAUCCGUUCGUUGCCCGUAGAGGAGCAGCCCAAGCAACUCAUUGUGACGAGAAAGGGCCUUCUGGAUCCUCUCGAAGUACACUUGCUUGAUUUUCCCAACAUUUCUAUCCGAGCGUCCGAGUUGCAACUUCCUUUCCAGGCGGCUAUGAAGGUCGAGAAGCUUGGUGACAUGAUUCUGCGCGCUAAGCAACCCCAGAUGGUGCUGUUCAACUUGUAUGAUGAGUGGUUGAAGAGCAUUUCUUCUUACACUGCCUUCUCUCGUCUCGUUCUUAUUCUGCGUGCUCUCCACGUUAAUCCGGACAAGACAAAGCUCGUUCUCCGUCCUGACAAGACUGUUAUCACGCACGAACAUCACAUUUGGCCAUCACUGUCAGAUGAGGAUUGGAUCAAGGUUGAAACGCAGCUCCGAGAUCUCAUUCUGAAUGACUAUGGAAAGAAGAACAAUGUCAACGUCUCGAGUCUAACAACCAGCGAAGUGCGAGACAUCAUUUUGGGUAUGGAGAUUUCAGCACCUUCCAUGCAACGACAGCAGGCUGCCGAGAUUGAGAAGCAGCAGCAGGAACAGGCGCAGUUGACAGCGGUCACUACCAAGACUCAGAAUGUUCACGGAGAGGAGAUCAUUGUGACGACCACGUCGCAAUUCGAGCAGCAAACCUUCGCUUCCAAGACAGAGUGGCGAACACGAGCUAUUGCCACAUCCAACUUGCGCACACGAGCGAAGAACAUUUACGUCUCAUCUGUCGACAACGACCUCGACGACAUUACCUAUGUUAUGCCCAACAACAUUCUGAAGCGCUUCAUCACAAUUGCAGACCUCAGGGUGCAGGUCGCUGGUUACUUGUACGGUUCUUCGGCACCUGACAACGAUCAGGUCAAGGAAGUCAAAUGUAUUGUCAUGAUUCCGCAGAUUGGUGGGCUUCGCAACGUGCAGCUGCCACAGCAACUCCCUCAGAGCGAAUUCCUCGAGGGCAUGGAGCCUUUGGGCGUUAUUCACACUGUCUCUGGUAGCGAACUGCCAUAUAUGUCCGCCGUGGAUGUUACCGAGCACUCCAAGCUCCUGGAUGCGCAUAACGAGUGGGACAAGACCAACACUGUGACGGUUUCUGUCGCAUUCACUCCAGGCAGUGUAUCUUUGUCGGCUUGGGGACUUACACCAGACGGCUACAAGUGGGGAGCCGAGAACAAGGACACGCAGAGCGAUCAGCCGCAGGGCUUUGCUACAACGAUGGGUGAGAAGCGCAAGUUGCUGCUCAGCCCACGAUUCAGAGGAUUCUUCCUUGUGCCGGAUGAUGGCAGGUGGAACUACAGUUUCAUGGGUAAUGCAUUUGACGGUAUGCAAAAGAAGCCGUAUCACGUCAAGCUGGAUACGCCGCUGCCAUUCUACAGCGACCAGCACCGAUCUGUGCACUUCCACAGCUUUGCAGAAUUGGAGGAUAUUUGGGUGGACCGAUCGGAUAACUUUGCUUAA